ACUACCAGCGGCAGAUCCUGUAUCCUUUAACACUGCCCUGUAAUGGGAGUUGAAGUCUGCAGCAACGCUUUGCACCUUGAUGUGCUGUGUGCUCGUGAACUACAGCUCCCAUGAUUCCCUCAGCAUCACUCGUUUGACUCGAGAGGCCAACGUGGUUGAGGGGAUGUUGUGAAACUCCUGCACCCGAUGGGAUCACUCAUCACUUUCUGAAGAUUGAUGCACAGCUCUAUCCUCUAUGAGAUAGCAGGAAAGACAGGACACUAAUUUCUCAGCAGAAUAAGCGCAGCUCCGUAUCAACAUGGACAAACAGCCCGCGGUGGUGUUUCGAAAUGUGGGGCAACUGUACUUCCCCCAAACCAGAGUGGACUGCCACUACAGUCUGACCGCUGAGCAUCAGUGGAGCAGCAGUGACUGGAUAGGGAUUUUCGAGGUUGGUUGGCCUUCAGUGAAAAAGUAUUACACGUACACAUGGGCUCUUGUUCCUGAAGGCUACACUGAGGGCACCGCUGUCAACUGCUGUGUAAACUUCCACGCAUCCUACCUGCCCCGCCCCAGCGCUGUGGAGUAUGAGUUUGUAUACGUGGAUAAGGCGGGAGAGGUGUGUGCUCGUAGUCGCCCCUUCACUUUCUGCGCCCCCAAGCCGCUGGAGGAGCUGGAGACGAUGAAAGAGGAGCGAGAUGAGGAGGACGGAGAGGAGGACGACCUGCUCCUCGUCAUCCCCAGGGCUCAGCUGCUGCAGAGUCAGCUGGAGGAGUGCUUGCAAAAACAAGCGGAGAUACAGCGGGCUCUGGAUCUGACCAAAAUGGAGACGGAGAGCGAGAAAGAGAGCCGUGACACGGCGAGGAUGGAGUGGGAGCGCGAGAGAGAAGCAAUGAAGGAGGAGAUCUCAGAGCUCAGACACAACAUGAGACAAACCUACGAGUCGAUGAAGAAGAUAGAGGGAAAGCACAAGGAUGUGAAAUACAGUCAGGAAAGUCUGACCGCUGAACUGGAUAAACUCAUGGCUGAAAAAGAAGAAAGUCAGCAGCGAAUCCAAGACCUGGAGGAAGAAAUCAAGAUCCUGAAUGACAGGGACAAUGGCGCAAACAUGGAACUGGAAAGGCUGAAGGAGAGGGUGAAGAAAAUGUCCAGUCAAAUGAAACAUGAUGAGGAAAAGAGAAAGUCUCUGCAGGCGGAGAACGAGGCUGCUCAGGUGGAGAUACAAGGGCUGCAAGAGCGUCUGGAGGUCAGUGAACAUGUAGUUGACAGCCUGCGCAGGGAGCUGAGGGAGCUGGGCUCCCGUCAGAGCCAUACCCACACCGAGCUGCACCAAGCCCGGCUGCAGGUGGCCCAGCUCACCCUGCAGCUGUCCGAGGAGAACCUGCUCCUCAGGGAGGAGCGCGCCAACUGGGCCCUGGAGAGAGAAGCGUUCAGACACGCAGCGGAGAUGGAUAAGAAGAAAUUUCAAGAACUGAGCUGUGAGGUGCAGAUGAAGGAGGAGUGGCUCCAGGAGGAGAGGACGGAGAGGGAGAAACUCGACGCAGAGCUGGUGCUGCUGAGCGAUGCGAAGCGAGAGCUGCAGGAGCUGAAGGCCAGUCUGAGGAAAACCCAGAAAGAGAGAGAGGAGCAGCAGGCCGACAGACAGGACCUGCUGAGCUACAUCCGUCAUUUAGAGCAGAGGUUGGACAGUGUGCCAGAAACUAAACCAAAUGAAGAAACUCCCGCACGAAUCUCUCCAGGCUCUUCCUCCGAGGACGACGAGGAUGCUUCCCCGAGAUCGAUCAGUUCAACUCACUUCCCGCCCACUCACCUGGAACUGCCCGACAGCACCGAGACCUCCGCUGAGACACCGACCCAGAACAAAGAAGACGCACCAGCCUCUGACAGACAGGAUGUGCCGAGGCAGGACUGUGAGGACAGCGCCGGUGAAGGGAAGCCACUCAACCUACCAGGACUUGUCGACCCCAUUCUGAGUGAGCUGGCUGGCUCCCCUAUGUGGUAACAUGAAGAAGGUUGAUGGAUGGCAUGUUGCUUGUUUACCACUGCAGUGCUCAUGUUCAUGUGGGUCAUGAAAUAAAAAAAAACACCUAUUAGUAUUUUGUGUAUUUUCUAUAUAGAAAAUGGUCUUCAGAAAGGUCAUAUAUAUUUAUACAGUAUAUACAGUGUAGAGCCUUUACUCAUGAGUGCCUGUAUUCAAAGAAAACACGGCCCGCUUUGUAAGUCUUAACUGUCGAGAAUUACAUUUGUUUUAAUAGUGUGAUAAUGUUAGUGUUUUUUUUAAUGAAUCAAAUUCAGGAUGAACAUAAAGUGCAAGUAACAAUGUGUUCCUUCAUAUGCUUCUCAGCGUCCAAGACUGUCUUUGACUUUGUUCUAGUCCCCAUUUAUAAUAUGAGAAUUGAUAUGCUGUCACGUUUUUGGCUGAUUGAAAUGCGGAUGCAGCCGUUUUGAGAAAAAGGAUGCCACGAGUGAAUUUCAUACAUUUACAUCUCGAUUUGGUAGCAUGUCAGUCUCUAACCUCUGCAUGUGAGUGUGAAUCCUAAAACUGUGUCAAAAGUGUGGGUGUGUGUGUGUGUGUUACAGACGAGCGUGAAAUGUUCUGUUGCGGCUCCUUGAGCUGGAAGGUCACGAGAGUAAAUGUUAUCUGAUGCUUUUGUUUAUUUAGUUUUUCUGAGCUUCUGUUGGAGAGAAAGGGCUCCUUAAUAAAAUAUGACAAUGACUACA